AUGCCUCCUCCAUCCCCCUCUCCCAUCCUCCUCCCCCUCCUCCUCAUCUUGUGUCCUGAGGUGUUGAGCUAUGAGGCUCCGGAGGAUAAGCAGGAUGUGUUUGCUGGAAAACCCUGUCCUGCUUUCCUGACCUUCACCAACGCAGCCUACCUGGCCGGAGUCACUGUGGAGCUUCCCUGCCACUGCAAACCAGAACAGAUCCAAUCGGUUGUGUGGUUCUUUAGGAAACAUCUGGGCGGCUCCAAGGAGACCAGAGCCUUGACUGAUCACCAUGGCAACAGUCUGCUGGACCUUCGUAGCGUCCCACACAGCGGCGAUCUGAGGAGUCGAUUUUCUAUCCGUCUCUUCAGCCUAUUGAUCUUCAGAGCGGGGCCCGACGACUCAGGCAUUUAUAUCUGUGGCUCCGCCCACAAAGACUUCUUCUACGGUUAUGACCUGGACAUCCAGGAGGCCCGCACGCUAAGCUUUACUCCGAGACUCACUCAUGAAAGUAGGAGCAAGAAAAAGAAAGAAAGUCAAGGACUCGGCUCUUCUCAGCCUCUUUACCAGGUCUUCACCAGCUUCCGGCCCUGGACAGUCUGCGAUCGCUGUGGCGUAGCUGGAGAGCAGGUUCGCGUGGGACUCUGCUACGUCCACUCCCUCUACCUGCAUGUCCGCUACAGACGAGCCAAUCAGACGGUCGCCUCAUGCGGCUCGGGGGCAGUGCCCAAGGCGUUUGGACAACUGAAACAAAGCAGAGCUGGAGCCGAGCUGGAGGUCAAAAGCUGUCAAGUUACCUGCCAAACUCAAGCUACUAGCUCCAAAAUCCAUUCUCUGAUGGCAUUUCUUGGGUACAAUUCUGCUUCCUCAUCAGUGGAGGUACCAGUGUUCUACCUGAGCCACCCUGCAGACCGUGUGCUGACCCUCGGCUGUCCCGGGGCACAUCCCAACAUGGCCGUGGCCUGGGACCAAGGAACUAAACCCAUCUACAGAGAUGAACACUUGGCAGGUCGUAACCUCAGCACCACACCCCCCAGGCUGAUGAUAGACACCGGACACCACCUGGUGUUUACACCUGCAAAAACUCAGGACUCAGGUGGUGUUGAAGUGGCUCUUGAAAACCUUGGCAUUGCGAUAAAGAGCAGCAGAGAGAUGAACAGAAUCAGAGGAGAGAUAUCUGGUUGGCUGCCAGAUGCCAGAGGAUGA